AGGGAGCGGGAGAGGGAGCGGGAGAGGGAGCGGGAGAGGGAGCGGGAGAGGGAGCGGGAGAGGGAGCGGGAGAGGGAGCGGGAGAGGGAGCGGGAGAGGGAGCGGGAGAGGGAGCGGGAGAGGGAGCGGGAGCGGGAGCGGGAGCGGGAGCGGGAGCGGGAGCGGGAGAGGGAGCGGGAGCGGGAGCGGGAGCGGGAGCGGGAGCGGGAGCGGGAGCGGGAGCGGGAGCGGGAGCGGGAGCGGGAGCGGGAGAGGGAGCGGGAGAGGGAGCGGGAGAGGGAGCGGGAGAGGGAGCGGGAGAGGGAGCGGGAGCGGGAGAGGGAGCGGGAGAGGGAGCGGGAGAGGGAGCGGGAGAGGGAGCGGGAGAGGGAGCGGGAGCGGGAGAGGGAGCGGGAGAGGGAGCGGGAGAGGGAGCGGGAGAGGGAGCGGGAGAGGGAGCGGGAGAGGGAGCGGGAGAGGGAGCGGGAGAGGGAGCGGGAGCGGGAGAGGGAGCGGGAGAGGGAGCGGGAGAGGGAGCGGGAGAGGGAGCGGGAGAGGGAGCGGGAGAGGGAGCGGGAGAGGGAGCGGGAGAGGGAGCGGGAGAGGGAGCGGGAGAGGGAGCGGGAGAGGGAGCGGGAGAGGGAGCGGGAGAGGGAGCGGGAGAGGGAGCGGGAGAGGGAGCGGGAGAGGGAGCGGGAGAGGGAGCGGGAGAGGGAGCGGGAGAGGGAGCGGGAGAGGGAGCGGGAGAGGGAGCGGGAGAGGGAGCGGGAGAGGGAGCGGGAGAGGGAGCGGGAGAGGGAGCGGGAGAGGGAGCGGGAGAGGGAGCGGGAGAGGGAGCGGGAGAGGGAGCGGAGAGAGGGAGCCCUCCCUUGGGUUUUACUCGGCAUCCAUUCUGCCCACAAGGAUGACCUGAGUGCAUCGCUGGCAGAGAUCCUUUAUGGAGAGCCCCUCCUCUUGCCAGCGGAAUUCGUGGAAGACGCACCGCCAGUUGACGCCAUCGACCUUCUGGCACUUAUGGAAUGGGUGCGUGCACAAGUCAUUCACCUACGACCACCCCCAACUCGCCCUUAUACCACACCGCUGUUGUUCGUCCACAAGGACCUGGCAUCAUGUGAAUUCGUGAUGCUGCGCAACGACCCCGUGCGUGUGGCUUUGCAACCACCUUACUCGGUGCUGCAUCGCACCUUACGUUGCGGAGUGAAUACCAUCAUAAUAUAUCUCAAUGGACAACCUCAAACAGUUUCUGUUAACCGCUUAAGACCGGCAUGGUCUCUCUCCCAACAGCAUUCCGACGCUUCCGAUCUGCCUGCCAUCGCCGCCGCCACGCCUGCUGUCGCCGCCGACGUGACCUCGUGCGACGUUUCACUGUCUGUGCAGGAGUCCGACACAUGUGACCCUGUCGGCCCGGUUUCCAAGGCGCCCACUUCUCCCGCUGGAGGCAGCUUUCAACCGCUGCUCUGGCACAAAGAUUUUGUGUUCGAGUGA